AUGGCGCUCUACCGGCUGUCAGACCUGGUGGUGCCCUGCAAUGCGACCUUCAACACCUCCUGGGAGCUGUGGCUGGGGACGGACCCCAACAGGCUCAUGCCGCUGCUCAACGCGCUGGAGAUAGAGCACUACCCCUGCCUGCAGGACGACGAGGCGCCGCGGCCGACGGCGUCGAUGCUCAGCCACGUGUACGCGCUGAAGGACAUCAUGAGCGCCAUCAGGGCGGCCGCCAUCAUCGUGCAUGACUACGGCGUCAAGGAGUAUGCCCUUGAGGUGUACGGCAGCCUGGACUUUGACCGCGACUACGUCACCGGGUGCCACAAGCUGAUCAAGCAGCUGAAGCUGGAGGACAACGUCAACCUCAGGGGCCUGGGUGCACCCAUCAAGGUGCUGUCGGCCACGUGGCUGUACAUCCAGACCUCCAUCAGCGAGGGCCUGCCCGUGUCAGUCAUAGAGGCCGGCCUCACCGGCAAGUGUGUCGUGUGCACCAACGUGGGCGGCUGCGCAGAGCUCCUGUCAAACCCCAACUCAGGGGCGGAUGGAAGCAGCCACGGCCUGGUGGGGCCCCAGCCGCCGAUGUUCGGGCGGCUGGUGGCCCCCAAGGAUGCUGAGAUGAUCGCGUACGCCCAGCUGGAGGCACUGGGGUACCUGCCCACGCUGCAGAUCCCCAAGCUGCUGAAGCCACCAGAGGUGGACCUGCCUGAGCUCAAGAAGCGCAUCCACGAUCCUGAGGUCAAGAAGCAGCGCCACGCCCUGGGCCGCCUGUUCCGCCAGUUUGGCCUCGACCAGUUCCGCAUGAGCCGCUACAUUCUGCAGCACAGGCAGGCCCUGUUCACGCCUGCAUACAAGAGGGAGGCAAUGGCGGCCCUGGGCGGCUACGAGCAUGCUUAA